GGUGAAGAAAGACUAAAUAAACAGGCCUUACCUGAUUCCUGUAUAUCCCAUUCGCCGACAACGCGUUAUAAAUCAUAUUUACCUCGCUUUAAAACAAUUGUAAACUAUUUUAUAUGUGAGAAAAGCGUUGGAAACGGGCAAACCUUUUGCUUAGAUCAUACUUUAUUAUUGUAAAUAAUAUCUUUAAUUUCUGUUUUACGGAGUGGGUUUGCCGGGAACGGGGUACGUCUAUCUAAGCGAGAUCGAGCUAGAGAGAACGAGUGUUAGUUGGGCCGGUUCGGCCGGGGACGUUUUUUGCAGCGGAGAUUUGAGUCGAGUUUUUAAUUUGAAACAGUUUUAUUUUACCUUAUUGUCGUGCCACGCAAAUCCUCGGGCAGGCGGAUAAGUGUUUAGAGGCGGCUGGCUUUUCAGGCGCCUGUUCAGAGGCCCGAGUUGUUUCACCCGGCGGUCUGGAAACGGGAUGGGCGACAGCCGAGACUCUAGAAGUCCAGACAGUUCUUCGGUCAGCUCUCCUGCAGCCCAGCGCAGCCCCCCCCUUCCCCCCGCUGCCAUGACCUCAUCACUGAACUCUCCAAUCAGCAGCCUGGGGUCUCCCUUCUCUGUCAUCAGCUCCUCCAUGGGCUCCCCCAGCCUGCCAAGCACCCCCUCUAUUGGCUACGGACCCAUCAGCAGCCCCCAGAUUAACUCCACAGUGAGCGUGUCGGGGCUCCACGCUGUCAGCAGCUCGGACGACGUCAAGCCCCCGUUCGGACUCAAGGGCAUGCCAGCGCACAGCCCGGGACCCAUGAUGUCACAGAAACGACUCUGCGCGAUCUGUGGGGACAGGUCCUCGGGUAAGCACUAUGGUGUGUACAGCUGCGAAGGCUGUAAGGGUUUCUUCAAGCGCACAGUACGGAAGGACCUCACCUACACCUGCAGAGAUAACAAGGACUGCCUGGUGGACAAGCGGCAGAGGAACCGGUGCCAGUACUGCCGCUACCAGAAAUGCCUGGCCAUGGGCAUGAAGAGGGAAGUUGUCCAAGAUGAACGACAACGCACUGUGCAGGAGGAGAGGCAGCGCAAUAAGGAGAAGGAGGGAGAGGUGGAGUCCACCAGCGGGGUGAACGAGGAGAUGCCAGUGGAGAAGAUCCUGGACGCAGAGAUGGCCGUGGAGCAGAAAACAGAGCUGCAUGCUGACGGCACAGCCGGCAUGGCAAACUCUCCCAAUGACCCCGUCACUAAUAUCUGCCAAGCGGCUGACAAGCAGCUCUUCACACUGGUGGAGUGGGCCAAGAGAAUCCCUCACUUCUCGGAGCUUCCGCUGGACGACCAGGUCAUCCUCCUCAGAGCAGGCUGGAACGAGUUGCUCAUUGCCUCGUUCUCUCAUCGCUCCAUCACUGUGAAGGACGGUAUCUUGCUGGCGACUGGUUUGCACGUGCAUCGGAACAGCGCGCACAGCGCUGGAGUGGGGGCCAUCUUUGACAGGGUGCUGACUGAGCUCGUCUCAAAGAUGAGAGACAUGCAGAUGGACAAGACGGAGCUAGGCUGCCUGCGAGCCAUCAUACUGUUCAACCCAGAUGCGAAGGGGCUGUCUAACCCCAGUGAGGUGGAGCUGCUGAGAGAGAAGGUCUAUGCCUCCCUGGAGUCCUACUGCAAGCAGAGAUACCCAGACCAGCAGGGCAGGUUCGCUAAGCUCCUCCUCCGUCUGCCAGCGCUGCGCUCGAUUGGUCUAAAAUGCCUGGAGCACCUGUUUUUUUUCAAGCUGAUUGGAGACACUCCCAUCGACACCUUCCUCAUGGAGAUGCUGGAGGCACCACACCAGCUCACGUAGAGGAGAGUGAGAGAGACCGUCAUUGAGGGCUGGACAUGACGGAGCUCCAGCAAUUAACCAAGACUAAAGGAGUUGCAACUCACAAAAAGAUUCCUUAAACAUGUUUUGCAUCUCCAUUACAGGGCUUGAAACUCCUGCACCCAGUCCUGAGGUUCAGAACUCCCCUCAAUUAAGUCUAUUGCUGAAAUGAUCAGGAGCUAGGAGUUUGAGCAAGGUUAGAAACUCACACUAGCCCUACUGUACCUAUCCUAGGUUUCGGAACUCAAUAAGUAUAUUAAUAUGAUCAGUAGUUUGAUGUUAAAUUGUUCUAGUAAACCUACAAACUUUCAGAUGAGACGUAUUGAUGCUGCGAUGAGAAUCGGUACAUUGAGCAGAUUUACCAGGGUCCUUGUUUCUCAACCUCCUGCACAUACCUGCUCAUUUCAGUGAUAUACCUGAGCAAGGGGAGCCCAUUCGCUACAUGACUCUCAGAUGGACUGUUUUGAAACAAACAUGUCACAGAAAACCUGUAUUUCCAUUUUAAAACAUCUGCUACAACACCAGGUUAAAACAAGUUUGUUUGCGUGCCUUGGACUCGGGAAAUCUCUUACACCUUGCACCUCCUCGAUCAGUAGUGUCUUGGGGUUACUGGCUUGGGGGAGGAUCAUUGUCACCCUGCAGCUGACCAAGGAAGUGCAACACUAUGCAAAAGCAGCAAGGCUUGUGCAAACACAUUUCUUCACCCCACAGUAGUACCUGAUGUUUUGCAAUGAAAGUCCAUGUUUACUGGAAUGCAUGUUUCUUCAGAGCUGCACGUUUCAGACUUGUAGAAUGAAUUAAAGUACAAAACAAGAUUGAUGGAUUUGUUUUGUCAGCUCAAAUAACUUUCAACACAAAAGAUCAGCCAGAGACUUCAAGAGGAAUAUCAACAAGCAACCUUAUUCUAUAGAAUGAUUUUAACCAAAAAUGGAAUGGAAAGAGAGGGAGGAAAGAGGAGGGUCCUUGCUUGCAAUGUGGAGUUAGAACAACUUCCCCAUCAUUUGUAUUUACAUUGUAUUUUUUACAGCAAGCUUGCAAAAUGGACCUGGCAACAUUACCAUUUUUUUAAUGAAAGUAAAGAUCAGAGUGGGAUUGUUAACAAUGUUAUACACAGGCUUAUUUUAAAGAAGAAACAAGAUUAACAAGAUGCAAUGUUGGAUGGAUUGCCUGCAAUGUUCAAUUCAGUCCUGGUCUGAAUGGCACUAUCCAUUGACAAGAAAUAAAAAUAACCCUGGUAAUGGGGAGAGCGUUUCUGUGGCAGUAUUAUUAAUGCAGAAUAAUCAAAGCUUUUCUCUGAGACAGGUGUUGCUUGCAAUAACAGAUGGAAUUGCCCACCUUUUAUAUACAAUAGUCAUUUUAUAUUAAAGAAAGACUUAAUGCGAUGCAGAGACAUUUUAUAGAAGACUUGAAACAAAACCGAGAGACUAACAGUAUGGAGCUGAGAUUUAAACUUGCUGGAAACUCAAAUGCUUGCAGUAAGCCUCAUUGACAACCAUGAUUUACACAUGGUUUUAGUUUUUUUUCUUAAACAAUUACAGGAAAAGUAUAAACUUCGCUUGAGAAUAUCCUUGAUUUGGAGGAAGGAUCACAGAGGAACCUGUGUUCUCAGUUAAGAUUUUCACAAUUAAACACUUGUUUUAGAUUUUACCCCUGUAAGCAGUACUAAAAAGGUUGAUUAAAUAAACUGCAGUUUGGGGUGUACUUUGAGUUUCAUUUUUAUUCAUCAUGAACGAUAGGAGGCCAUUUAGCCCAUCAGAGCUCGUCCAGUUCCUAGUAGUGGAUUCAUUUCAAAAGGAUCCCAGAGAUUCAGCAUCAGUUACAUGACUCAGUAACCCUUGGAAACCCAUUCCACCCCCUUGCCACUCUAUGAUACAACGCAUUCUCCUCCUAAGUGUUAUCUACUAACCUAUAAAGUCCUAUGUGAAAAACACAUUUGGAAAUCAAAAGGAGUGACUUGAUUAAAACCAGUCGUCUGUUCAACCAUUUGAAAGAACUUGUUUGAAUUAUUAAUUUCCUGUUCGGUACAGUGACUGCCCAUGUGUGGUUUGUACCAGUAUUGCUUUGAAAAGUCCACCUUUUAUGUCAGUUUGAAAUGUUUGGAUCAAAACGGAAACUCGCAUUGAAGCAAUCCCUCUUUUAAAAAUAACAAAGAAAAGGAAUGAGAGAAAGUGAGAGACGGAAUGAAACGCACUCCAGAAAGAAAUGAAAUUGGACGAGAAGUACUAAAUACAAUAAAAUAAAAAGAAAGCAGUUUCUGGAAAGGAGAGAGAGAGGGAGAAGAGAGAUCUUGUUAAACAAAAUCUAACAAGGACAAUGAAUGAAUUUAGAAUCUAUUGCAAAAGAAAACAUGUAACUAAUAAAUACUAACUAUAAUGAUGACUAAUUCUUGCUUCUUCCUCGAAUUCACUUGGACUCUGUGGCCUUCAUUUUCAUAUCUUAAUUUUAGGAGAUGUUUGGAAAUUGAUUUUUAAGAAACCCGAUAGGCAUCUAACUGUACUGCUCCUUGUACUACUAUGACUAUUAUUAUUAUUAUUAUUAUCAUGAUUACUGCUGCUGCUUUCUGUGAAUGGCCAUUUUGGUGUCUUUUCUGUUUUUUUAGUUGUCUUGGUUUUAUUGUUUUUGUUAAUUCUCUUUUUCGUGGACUAGUGCAUAUUUGAAUUGUAAUUUUUUUUGGCUUGAAUACCUGUAAGAUUGUACCACCCAAUUAUAACAUCACCUGCUUCCUGAAAA